GUAUUAGCUGGUGAUGAUCAAUGUGCAGAGACAGUGAUACAUAUAGCUAGAAAACUUUCAUACUGGAAAAAUAAUCAUGAUAGAAUAAAACAACAGAUGGUAGUUUGGUUAAAGAAAAAUGAGCUUCAGGAAAUUAUUCCUAUUUCAAAAAUGGAAUUUGGCGCCAUAAUACCCCAGAUUGUAGUAUGUGGAACCCUCACUCGAAGAGCAAUGGAAGCAACUUGGCUAACAGCUAGUAACGCCCAAAAGGAUCGUUUAGGUUCCGAAUUAAGGGCAAUGGUUCAGGCUCCACCUGGUUAUAGUAUUGUUGGGGCUGAUGUCGAUUCUCAAGAACUGUGGAUUGCAUCUGUAAUAGGUGAUAGCCAUGCAGCUGGAAUACAUGGUGCUACUCCAUUUGGUUGGAUGACAUUAAGUGGGAGUAAAUCUGAAGGCACAGACAUGCAUAGUGUUACAGCAAAAGCUAUUGGUAUUUCAAGAGACCAUGCCAAAGUUAUAAAUUAUGCCAGAAUAUAUGGUGCUGGGCAAAAUUUUGCUGAACAAUUGCUGAAGCAGUUCAAUCCCACAAUGACCACAGCAGAGGCUCGAAAUAAAGCUAAAAGAAUGUUCUCAUUAACCAAAGGGAAAAGAGUAUACUAUUUAAAAGAUAAUAUUGAUAUUGAAAAUAAUUUGGAUAUGCAAUUGAGCUACAAAAAUGGCUACACUGGAUAUGAAGCUUUAAAAAUAUCUGCAGUAUAUGGAAAAAGUGUCACAGAAAUGUUUGGAAAGCCGAAAUGGGAAGGUGGUACUGAAUCUGCUAUGUUUAACAGACUUGAGGAAAUUGCAGGAUCGGCUAAUCCUGUUACUUCCUUUUUGGGAGGAAGGUUAAGUAGAGCCUUGGAACCAAAUGAAGCCAUUGAUAAUGAUAGAUUUUUGCCCACACGAUAA